CGCAGUAGCUUGUUUCCGGUGUUGGUACGAACGCUCCGUGUGAACUGCCGGGCUCCGUAUUCCGUUCCGCCCUUCUGAGAAAACAAAACGCAGUGGCGGCGCUGGCAGGGCCGCCGGGAGGCCUGCGCUCCGAUUCGGGAUUCACACCGGGCGAGGCUCACUCGAUGCUCCACACAGGCACCGGGAGACGGAGUGAGAACAGUGCCGGUGCUGUUCCUAUGGAGGCCGAGGUGCAGGACCCUAACUAUUGAAGAAUAAGAGCCCAACAAAAUGGAAGACUGUCUUCACACGUCUUCAGAAAAUCUGUCCAAACUGGUCAGCUGGGCUCACAGUCAUGGAACUAUCUGCAGCCUCAUUCCAAAUCUGAAGCACUUAUUGACUGAAGGGGCCCAUGGAAACCUCACUGCAAUGUGGGGUUGUGGUGCUGGUCACGCUUACCACUGGCCAUUGGCUGUUACUUGCAGGGCAGGUUCCCAGGACAGAGUGUGCUUCCAGGACAGUAGAAGCUUUAAUUCUGAGAGCCCCAGCAUAAUUGCAAUGUCAUCAGAAUCUCAGCAAAACCCAGCAGAGAAAUACCUUAAUAGACCCUCAAAAGGAAAGGCCGAGUGUCCCAGGACGAGGGAUUCCUGCGACUUCUCGUACAGCGAACAUUCUGAGGUUGACGAGAAUGUGGAAGAGUAUGAUGAUGAAGGUGAUUUAUUUCAUAUGGCAUGUGAGUCUUCAGUGACAGAUGAGGAUAGUGACUAUGAUUCUCAGUUGCGGAACAAUUCACUGAAAAGGCGGGAAGCUGGUCCUUCGCUUUUGCCAGACUCACCAAACCACCUUGCUAAUGAGAACAGUAAUGAAGUGAUUGUUAAAAAAAUCAAGCAGGAGGGUCCUGAAGACUAUUACAUUGUGACAAAUGCAGAAAUCUCUAUAGACAACGAUAGUUCGUCUGUUGCAUUGAAGUCUGGGUCAAAGUCUGGUCCUGCUGCUUAUUUGGGUCCUACCAAAUCCUCAGCCCUCCUUCCUGCUGGUCACGUGCCAGAAAAGAUUGACUCGCAGGGUAUUUCUGUCAUUCCACCUGCUUCUAAUCGGGUUGCUGGUACAAAGUCAGGACGGAGUUGCACAACUUCACAGAAGAAGCUAAACGGAGGUCAAGGAGCUGGGCAGAAAUUAGUUCUUCAGAUGCCGGUCAGCACAUCAGGAGGAAACCAGCAGAUCAAUAUCCCACUCUCAGCCCUCCAGCUUCCUGGCCAAGAAGAGCAGAACGCUUCUGAAGACACAGGGGCACAGAUGGUGAAGACUGGAGCUUCCAGUGAGGUCUCCUUGUCUCCAUCUGUCAGCGCUGAACCUGAAGUUAGCUCCAGCCAGCAACAAUCGAGUGUGCCCCAAUCUCUGGUCAAAGAUGCCAGUGCCCAAUCAUCAGCAACAGAAAAUGAAGAAAGAGGCUGCGAGGGUCAACAGAAUGAGAAAACCGUGCGAAGCACCUUGACUGCAUUGAGAAACUUCAAAGAGUUCCUCCUUUCCAAAUACCCACAUGAAAACCGGGAAAUCCAAAUUAUACCAUGCACGGAACUUGAUGCCUACCUAGCUUCAUUCUUUGUGGAUGCCAGGCAGAAAGAUGGCUCAGAGUACGAACCCAACAGUUUGGCCAACUAUCAGUGUGGACUUGAAAGGUACUUAAAGGAAUACAAAUAUGGGUUCAGCAUAACAAGGGAUAAAGAAUUCAGGCGCUCUCAAGAAGCACUGAAACAGAAACAGCUUGAGUUGAGAGGCAAAGGGAAAGGGAACAAGCCUCAUAAGUCAAUGAAACUCACCUUUGCUGAUGAGCUUAUCCUACGUAAACGAGGCUUGCUGAGCCGAUAUAAUCCUGAGGGACUGCUCAAUCUUGUGUGGCUAAACAACACUAAGGCGUUUGGGCAUUGCGCUGGGUUCCACAGUUCCACGCUGAAAUGGGGGGAUAUCAGGUUGCACGUAACAGAGACAGGCUUGGAGUACCUGGAGUGGGAAAUCAUUGACAGCUCUGAUGCACAAGGGAAGAGCCGGAGAGCGGGAACAGAGUGCAGAAUUUAUGCCACGCCACAUUCUCCACAGACAUGUCCAGUACAGGACUACAAGGAGUAUGCACAAAGACGCCCUCCAGCUAUGCGUUAUGAAGAUGCCCCCUUCUAUCUGUCUAUCAAGCCAGUCUGCAACCUUGCUGCACUUUACUGGUACAACAGCCAAUCCCUCGGAAAGAAUAAGCUUUCAAAAAUGGUUAAAACCAUGUGCGAGAAGGGGAAUAUCCCUGGGAGAAAGACUAACUUUAGUGUUUACCAGAGCUGCAGCUCUCUGUCUGAGGCACAAAGCAACCAGCUGGUGCUAAUAUGUAACAAUCUCAGCCAGCAGGCUGCCCAAUCAAUGUCAGGUCUCAACAACACAAGCAAUUUCAUCAUCUCUGGCUCUUUUGACUCUUCUUCUGAUACAGCUUGAUGAAAUAUGUUUGGGUUUUUCAAAUUAUUUUUAAUAUUCUCCAUGUUGUCUCACUCUUUUAUACAAUCUAAUUAUUCCUUAGCCACUGAUAGUUCAAGUUUUUAAAAGCAGCGUGUGAAAGGGCACAUCAAAACUCCAACAAUCCAAACUUCAGCUGAAUGAUGAUUUUAUGACGCACUCUCUUUUGAAACAAAAUGUACCCAGAUUUUUGGUCUAAGAAGCUCUUUUUACAAGCAGAUCUAUAGAUACCACAAAGUAAAACAUAGUUGUUAAAAUUCUAGAAGUCUAGAAACAGUGUUUAAAACAAACCGUGAUUUCAUUUCAACCUCCUUGUAACUCUUAAGAACUAUCACUUUCCCAUUGAGCUUUGCAAAAUGUGCAUUUUUUUGUUGGUUUUCUGUAGCAAAAGGACAUAGGUGCUCAGCAUUCUCAGAGUGAGAGAAAUUCUGCCUUUUUCUCCUAUUCACUCGUUUUUUUUAAGUUGGCAAGGUGGGAAGUAAUAUUUUUGGACAAACCUGCCUUGGAUCCCAAAGUGAGAAGCCUCUUUUUCGUAGCUGCAGUAUUAACUCUUCUAUCCAGUGUUAACUGUAUGCUGUUUCAAACUAUUUCUUCUCUCAGUAUCAUCAUCCUUAUAUCGACUGUACUGCCAUAAACUGACUGUGUUGCAUCCUUAACUGCAGAUAAUGGCAAUUACACUCUUGCUGUCCUGAGUCUUUCAUCUGCAUGUAAAUUCAGUGUGUUUGAGCAUCUUCCCUCUUUGGCCAAGCCAAUUCUUUUUUGUGUGUGUAGUAUAUAUAUAUAAAAUAUAUAUAUUACAUACACACACGCACACACCAAGGAGCGAUUAGUUGGCUCUUAGAUCUUGUACAGAAUUGUUUAUCUAUUUUCCCAACUAAUUUAAAAAGAAUUAGUAAGGAAAAUUUAACAAUUAGGAUUUAUUUUUUAUGAAUCGUAACUAUACUUAAAUGUAUUUGGUGUUUGAGGACCUGUUAUCAUGGGCCUGUAAAAUCCAUAUUGUAUCCUGCUGAUCGAUUCAAAUUACUUUGAGUGGGAAACACUGAUCAGGGUGUGUUAGAGGACAGAAUUGUUAACCUGGCCAAACACAGGUGGGUCUAAUUAUUUUGGUCUCCUGAUAAUUGUACAGCACUCUAGCUAAAACCUUUAAGCUUGCAUCCUCCAGUUACUGAGCAUGUUGUCUUAAUACUGAGGAAAAAUAAUUACAGUCCUGAUUAACCCCUGUGUAGCAAAUGCACAGUUUCUUGUCUGUUCAAGUUGUAUCUCGUUAGGCUCUUGUAUACAUAAACGUUGCUUGUGAAAUUCUACUCUCACUUUGAUUUUGUAUUUUGAAAGUUACUUUAAUUGGUGUUAUAGAUUUUAUAUGUCAUCAUAUUUAUUUUAGUUUUUGUAGAUGAUGGUUUGUAAUUAGGAUAUUUGUAUAUGGCUGCUUGUACACAAGUACUAAUAGUUGUUGGGACGCCAUUUUAGAAACGUACAUAAGCUAAGUCUGGUCUGAAAUUUAGCAAUGGAGGCUGUGUUCAUACUAAAGAAGGAUUGCAUUGUGUUGCCCUCCUGUUUUCUGUUUAAUGAUCUAGUUCCACGAAAUGCAUAUUAAGUAGAUUUCUGUGCAGGAUACUGUGUUACCUACUAUAGCGCUUUCUCUGGAGCAAGGCAAGUGUGGAUGUGGGGUGGGGUUGGGGAGAUGUGAAGAACCCGUGAGAAUGAAGGAGAGUGUGUAAAUAAGUUCAGCUCAACUUGCCAGGUUGUUCCAGUUAAAAGGAUUGAGCAGUUCUAAAGCUGGCGGAAAGAAAGGUUGUUGAAAUUCUGUGCCUUCAUGUGCACACACCUCUAAAUUAAUGGUUCAAAAUUUUACUUUCUAUAGGAAAAAACGUAAAUUUUGAGUUUGUUAAACUGAGCUGUUUCUUCCUAUUCACACAGUUUAUUACUUUAACAAUAUACAGAGAUAUAUUAACAAGGUGACUGUUAGGUACUUUUUUAACAAAAAAAUCAAAUGCUAAUAUAUAGAAAUUAGUGCAUUAGGCUAAUUUAACCCAUUGAGAAUCUGUGCACCAAAACUUUCAUAAAACCAUGAGUAUUAUGUUUCAUGAGUAUUACAAAUAUGUGCAAAGUUGUGAUCUAUACCUUUCUGAUUUUUGCAGUGUAUUUACUCAAACAUGUUCUACAAUGUUAAAAAUCACACAA